AUGACGUCCAACACGGCGACGCCGCUCGGGGGGCACCAGGCGGAGCCGGUAGACAGCUCGCAGGCAGGGAGCCGCUUCGUCGUCACUGGCAUGCCCGCAGCGCCCAGAGCCAGGGGUGUGUACGAGGAUCCUCUGGACGAGGUGGACGGCGACUGGUCCGAGAACUUCUCCCAGACGCUGGUUCUCGGCCCGUCCAUCACCCGCGCCGUUGAGGAGUACCGCGCCGCCCAGAACGAGCGGCCGCAGCAGCCGCCGCCGGCGCCAGCGCGGCGUCCCAAGCGGCCCCCGGACGCCGCGGAAGCCCCCCUGUCCCCGCCGCCCUCGGAGCGCACCAGCAACGCCGGCGUGUUUGCGAGUUGGCAGGUCCCGGGUGCCGCCAACGCGCACCCGCAGCCGCCCAGCGAUGCCAAGCCCCCCGUCCCGCCGAUGACGCACCUCCCGGCGGCUGCGCUCGCGGGCACCGCCCCGUCCGACCCCCGGGGCGCUGCGGCACCGCCACCAGCGCCAGGCGAGGCUGCGACCGCGUCGGGGGGCGACAUGUCGCUGUCGUUCUCGCUCCCGGACAGCCCGACGAUGCGCGAGAUCGCGCGGCAGCUGUGCGCGACGGAGCACAGCGGGGACGACGACUGGAUCCGGCAAGCCAUCUACGGGCCCGAGGGGAGCGGGGGGGUCGGGGGGGUCGCGCCCGGGGACGGCGGCGGCGGCGCGGGGACGACGAGCGGGGCGAACGACAGCGCGGGGGGCUCGGAGGGGUGGAACGCGGGCGUGGCGGCGCUGCAAGAGUACAUGGAAGGGGGGGGUGUCGGAGAGGGGGAGUGGGCGUUCGGGUCCCGUUUGGGGGGGGGCUGGGUGGUCCCUCCCGGGCGGCCGGUGUCGUUCGAGGUGCUGCCGAACAAGGAGUCGCGCAAGCUGUCGCAGAAGCACGCGCGGCGCAACGCGGGCGUGCUGUUGGCGGGCGCGGGGGUGUCGGCCAACGGUCUGCGCGAGCGGUACAACCACCUGCUCGACGACCGCAUCCCGCAGGAGCUGCGCGAGCAGGGUCUGACGAUCAAGACCCCGCGCGGGUACUUCGUGCGCGCGCUGGUCCUCUGGAUGGUGGAGGGUCUCCCCGACGUGGUGCUGGAGCAGUGGGGGCUCGGGGCGGCGGCGACGCUGCGGGCGGGCGCGGACGCGACGGAGGAGGUCAUCCAGGACCUGCUGCCGCGGGCGCGCGGCGGGACGACGCGGUACGAGGUGGGGGCGAAGCUGCAGCAGGCGGGGCUGGCGGCGGGGCGCAUGUGGCCCGGGGAGGCGGCGGCGGCGGACGAGGACUUCAAGGCGAGCAUACGGGCCAUCUUCGACCAGGGGAAGGGGGAGAUCCGGGCCGACGUGCGCGCCGGCGCCGCGGGGAUGUGA